GAGGAAAUGAUCGCGCUUUACCGCCAAUUAGUUGAAUUUAUGGUCAUAAUAAUCUGGACCAUCUGUGAAUCAUGCGAGUUAUGCGGCUCCGUUUUGACUGGCAUAAUGCCAAUUACAACCCGUCGUCAUAGCAACUGUCAGCGAAUUCUCAUGACAAUGCACCGAACAACAAGAAUCAAGAUAACGGAGCUCAAUCCUCAUUUGAUGUGCGUUUUAUGUGGAGGAUACUUCAUUGACGCCUCCACCAUUGUCGAAUGUUUGCAUUCAUUCUGCAAAAUGUGCAUUGUGAGGUAUCUGGAGACCAGCAAAUAUUGUCCUAUUUGUGAUGUCCAAGUUCAUAAAACAAAACCUCUCCUCAAUAUCAGGUCCGAUAAGACCCUUCAGGACAUUGUUUACAAGCUGGUGCCUGGUCUGUUCAAAAAUGAGAUGAAAAGAAGGAGGGAUUUUUAUGCGGAGCAUCCAUCAGUUGAUGCUACUAAUGGUUCUAAUGAAGACCGAGGAGAAGUGGCAGAUGAAGACAAGAGGAUCAUUGCUGAUGACGAGAUCAUCAGUCUGUCCAUUGAGUUUUUUGAUCAGAACAAGUGUGAUGGUAAAGACGGAGAAGAAAAGGACACCACAAAAGAGGUGAAUGUAAAGCGAUACUUACAAUGCCCUGCAGCUAUGACAGUAAUGCAUCUCAGAAAAUUUCUCAGAAGCAAGAUGGAUAUUCCAUGUACCUUUCAGAUUGAAGUUAUGUAUGAAGAUGAGCCAUUGAAAGAUUAUUAUACUCUUAUGGAUAUUGCUUAUAUCUACACAUGGAGAAGGAACGGGCCCUUGCCAUUAAAGUACCGAGUUCGCCCUGGUUGCAAGAAAAUGAAGUUGAGCGGCCCGAGGGAUGAUAUGACCAGCGGCAGAAGGCCUGAUACAGAAAGUGAUUCCAACAGUGACAAAGCAAACAGCCCGACUGCUGCUGCUGCCCCCUCGACAUCAUCUUCUCUGCCCAGCCCAAGCACCCCAGUCCAGUCUCCACGUCCCAACUUCCCCCAUAUCUCCACUCUUAAUGGAGUCUCUGCCAAAGUAGGCCACAAUGGCCAAACUCCUUUCAGCAGCAAAGUCUGCAAAACUUCUCAUAAAGGCUCCAACUCUCUUGGGUGACUUUAUGGAUGCCAAAGCCAUCAACCCCAUGCAAACAGAGCUGUGAUGUAGAUGCUUUCUUUAUAAACCACCUCUUACAUUUUUUUAUAUCGUUUUUUAAAUAUCUUUGUUUUGUCACCAUGUGUGCAAACGUUGUAACACAGCAUUGUUUGUGUUAUAUUUUGUAUUAAUUACUCUUACAUAACUAAUAUUGUGAGUACUGGAGGGCAAGGAGAAUGUAUCUCAGUGUUUUAUAAACCGUCUUGUUCGUUUAGAUUAGAACAUCAUAUGUAUAUAAAUCAUUUCCUUGUCCAUGAAGUCUCCAAUAAAAUACAUGGCGGCACGCGGAAUGUUUAUCCAGAUUGUAUGGAUUUUUUUCGGCGGAAAUGUUUAACACCAGUAAAUUUACAGAUUAAAGGGCAUAAAUGCAGCGUCAGUAUUGUUUUGGACAGAUCCUGAAACUGUAAUAAAAAAAAAUGAUACGUAUGUGCUCGUUGUAUAACUUAAAUGGAGACAUGUUGAAUCACACGAUGAUAGAAACGAGUCUUCAUCGCGUGAUAGGCUACUACUACAUUUCUUAACUUCUUUCUUGCUUUACAAUUCUAUUCAAACGGUUGUUUGUUAAUUACUUUGUCUAAAUAAACAUUUUACUUUUUUUAUUACCAAA